AUGAAAUGCAGAAGUUCUUGGUUCGGUUGUUGUAAAAUUGGCAUCUGCUAUGACCGACAACUUCCAAAUCUUGGUAGAACUUUAGCCGGAUGCCAAGGUAGUACAACACGGCUGGUCCAUGCUAAAGAUAAAAAAGUUACCAAUGAUAACCUAUGUUUCUUAUUAGGCAAGACGCCUGUACCUUCUGACGUCAAACCUGAUCCAGGAGUGAAAUGUAUACCAAAUAGUCAAGCUUUUCCUUCUCUGAAACAACUUCCUGACGUAGAGUUUGGUGAAGGUAAAUUCCUUACCCGUUUUACUACAAUCUCUUUCUUGAAGGAUACCAAAGUAAGCUCCGUAAGGUUUGGAAUCAAGAAUUUCCCACUUAGUUUGGACAGAGAAGCUUUAAAUUCUGCAUUCCAAGUCUAUGAAGCUAUGAAUGCUGGGCUUAGAAGUCUUGGGGAAACUCCCAAGGGAAAGAUAUUGAGAUCUUUGAAAGGGACAACCUUCUUUUUGAAAUUCCAAUUGAGGUGUAAAGAUAAAGAUGUCACUAGUCCACAGGGCGCUAAACAUCAAAUGCUCAAAGUUUUAAAGAAUUGUGUAGGAUGCACUGCUGAUGAUAAAGCAGAAGUGAAAAAACUGGCAGCUGCAUGUGGAAUAACAGAUUUUUCUAAACCAUGA